UCCAGGGAUGAGCGCCCCGCCGCCCGCCCGCGACGCCACGCGACUCUGAGCCUCCUGCUACUCGCAGGGCAUCAGCCUCCAGACUCGUCGUCACUCGCAGGAGAACAAGAGCGAGGCGGACCCGAGACUACUUCCCCCCCAUGAGAAGGGCUGCCGGUCACGUGAGCGUGGCUUCGUCCGUCUCGUCGGCGUCGGUGCGACAUGCUCACAAGAUGGCUGACCUUCAGUGCUUGCGUGUUGGCGGCAGUUCCAGGAGAAGAGGCUCAGCUCCAGGUGAAGGAAGGCGACCGCGCGGGGACCAGCGGCCACCCCAGGGUCUUCUUCGACGAGUUUUUCGGCCUCGUGGAGACAUCCGACGACGACGAGAAGGACGAGACUCGUAGGAACUGCACCUGUCCGCAGUGCGGCGUCGUGAACCAGGAGAUCCGCAUCGUGGGCGGGCGGCCGACGGGCGUGAACCGCUACCCGUGGGUGGCGCGCCUCGUGUACGACGGCCAGUUCCACUGCGGCGGCUCGCUGCUGGACAGCCGCUACGUGCUCACCGCGGCGCACUGCGUCAGGAGGCUGAAGAAGUCCAAGAUCCGGGUGUACCUGGGCGAUCACGACCAGUUCAACGCCACCGAGACGCCGGUGAUCCUGCGCAUGGUGUCCGCCGUCAUCCGGCACCGCAACUUCGACGUGAACUCGUACAACCACGACAUCGCGCUGCUGAGGCUGCGCAAGCCCAUCACCUACACCAAGAGGGUGCGGCCCGUCUGCCUGCCGCAGGACGACGCGGACCCGGCGGGGCGCAGCGGCAUCGUGGUGGGCUGGGGCCGCACCACGGAGGGCGGCGCCCUGCCGUCCAUCGUGCAGGAGGUGCAGGUGCCCAUCCUCACGCUGCAGCAGUGCCGCCAGAGCAAGUACAAGCCGAGCCGCAUCACGCCCAACAUGCUGUGCGCGGGCCGCGGCGACCACGACUCCUGCCAGGGUGACAGCGGAGGGCCCUUGGUCAUACAGAGCGCCCCUGAUCGGCUCGAGAUAGUUGGUAUCGUGUCGUGGGGAGUGGGCUGCGGGCGGCCCGGCUACCCAGGGGUGUACACCAGGGUGACCCGCUACCGCGACUGGAUCAGGAGGAACAUGAGGGACUCCUGCCAGUGCUCCAAGUCCGGGAGUAGGGCGCGCCGCGGCCGGCGGACCAAUGAGGCGCGGCGGGCAGGGAAGAGCGAGGCGGCGCCCCGAGGCAACACCUCAGUGCCGGCGAUGAGGGCGAGCCGGCGUGGUCCCUGCGUCCUAGCCGCCGCCGCGCUGCUGAGCUGGGCGGCCGCCACCGGGUCUCAGAAUGCAAGCGAAAACGGCGCGUCGAAGGGGAUAUUCGGUAACUUCUUCGUGAAAACCACCUCACCGGCUCCUCCGCUGAAUCGUUGCACUUGCAGCUGCGGGCUGCCCAACGAGGAGACGCGCAUCGUGGGCGGCGUGACGACGCGGCAGCACGAGUACCCCUGGAUGGUGCGGCUCACGUACUUCAACCGCUUCUACUGCGGCGCCAUGCUCAUCAACGACCGCUACAUCAUGACGGCGGCGCACUGCGUCCGGGGGUUCAUCUGGUUCAUGAUCAAGGCGACGUUCGGCGAGCACGACCGCUGCGACGCCGCCGCCAAGCCCGAGUCGCGCUUCGUGAUCCGCGCCUUCACCGGCGACUUCAGCUUCAGCCUGUUCAGCAACGACAUCGCCGUGCUGCGGCUGAGCGCGCGCGUGCCCGUCUCCGCGCACAUCCGGCCCGUGUGCCUGCCCAGGAGCGCCGAGCCGUCGUACGAGGGCGCCUCGGCGCUGGCGGCGGGCUGGGGCACGCUGGGAGAGGGCGGCAAGGUGGCCUGCAGCUUGCAGAAGGUGGACCUGCCCGUCAUGGGCAACCAGCAGUGCCGCCUCGAGUCCGCCUACAACCAGAGGAUGAUCACGGACAAGAUGCUGUGCGCCGGCCACCUGGUCGGCGGCAAGGACUCGUGCCAGGGUGACAGUGGGGGACCUCUGGUAACUUUAAGGGAAGACAAAAAAUACGAAGUUAUUGGUAUCGUGUCUUGGGGGAACGGCUGCGCUCGGAAAGGAUAUCCUGGAAUAUACACUCGCGUGAACAAGUAUCUGGACUGGAUCCUGGAACAUUCCAGGGACGGCUGCUUCUGUGACGACGACUGAAGUCUGCAUCAGUCCUGCAUCAAGGACACCGCCAUUUUCACUACAACAUGACAGUACUUCAUGCCCACGAGAUCCUAGUGUCUAGGCUGCGUGACUUAUUUAUUAUUUCUUUAAAAACUUUGAUCGGUACACAACGUUCGUCAGUGAAGUUGUUAAAUUUCUCUCAUCGAAGUUCUGACGAUUGGUUUUGGCGUUAUUCAGAGCCUAAUGCCGUGUUUGAACAAUUACUUCAUGAAAGUUUCAGCUAUAAACGUUUUUUCUUUAUACCAUAUAUUUAUUGUAACAGAUGCACAACCUAUGUAAACAUCUAUGUUUUUAUUUUUACUUUUUUAUUACAAAAUGUUUUACUAAAGUUUUUUUUUCUUCCAUCAUUCUCUUUUGCACAUUUACGUAAAAUUUGACUGAAGUGUUUUAGUUCUGCCUCUGAUUUGAAUAGGGCCUAUGAUCCGCAGCUGAUGAUAAUAUGUGUUUUGCAAGGAAUA